AUUACUAUGGAAACUUGGCGAAGCUACCGAAUCUGAAGAGCUGUGGUAAGGCUCAUAAACUUUACAUUUUCUGCAAGUAGACUGUCAAAACAGUAUACACUGAGUGUUAAAAAAGAAGCGUCUUCAUCAUGGCGACUGAAGAGGACCAACAGAAGCAGCGCCCUCCGGAGCCAGUGAAUAUCACAAUCUUGAGAUCAAGAAAUUUGAAAGGAAGCAAAGGUGAGACUCUGAACUCUCUGGUCCGUGUGGAGUAUGGUUCUAACGUCUUGGGUGAAUCCGCCAAGGUGGAUGCUGGACCAGACCUGACCACCGAGUAUAACUUCAAUGCCAAGUUUGACUGCGGUUUCGAUGACCCGGCCAUCAUAGAUGAAAUCGCUUACAAACCAGUUCUAGUGACCUUUGUGGAAGUGCUUCCUAAGGAGAAGAAACAGAAAGAAGAGAAGACUGUACUUCUGGGUCAAUGCACUAUAGACUUGCUACCACUUGUUAAGGGAGAAACAAGAUAUAAGAGCACCCUACAGAUCCAUCCCCUGCAAGGCUCUCCCCUGGAGGGAAUACCACCUGAUGCCCCAAGGCCUGAGAUGGAUGUAGUUGUGUAUGUGAAUGAUCCGCUGCUGACCGAAGACCAAUUGAAGAGUGGUAAUCUAAUCACCAUCACAGCAGAGACUCUAUACUCGGUACCUGAAGCAUGGAAUCCAACUGGAACACAAUAUAUGUACAAUGUCACUCUACCUUUCCCACUUACAGAAGAGCGAGAGUCUGUGGUGGUAAUGUCCAAUGGUGUCCUUAAAGCAGCAAACGAUAAAGAAAUACCAUCCAAACAAAAGAAAUGGCCUGUCCCAGGUGGAGCCCAGGGUAAUGCUAUCUACAUUCCAGACAAAUUUGUGCAACCAAGUUGUGAAGAACAAGAAGAUGGGGAACUGACAAGCAAAGAGGAUCGAGAUUUCAGAAUGGAAGCAGAGAAUGAGAAGAACAGAGUAUAUUGGAACUGUGAAAGAAGAGCUUUUAUGGAUCCAUCAGCUGUACAGAGCUUGCAGACAAAGAUAGCCAAGACAAGAUACUGGCCGGUGGAGAUCAUGAGAAUGCCUAUGCCUUCAGCUGCUAAAACAAAAGGAAAAGAGGAAGAAAAUCCUAUAUUUUUUCAUGGAGUGGCUUUCAUUAACAUGGCUCCACUGCUUUAUCCUGGAGUCAAAAAGAUUCGUGGAGCAUACAGAGUUCAUGCUUUUACUGAGCAAGAAGUCAUGGAAAAGUGCAAGAGAAAAGGUGGCUUAGCUGAUGAGGCUGCACGCAUGGCAGCCAACAUGCUGCGGAAUGCAUCUCCCUUUACCAGAGGAGGGAAAGGAGGAAAAGAAGAGAAAGGGGGUAAAGACAAGGAAAAAGAAAAGGAUGCAGCUACCAAAAAGCAACCCUCCCAGAUGAUGAAGCUUGGUGCCCCUGGGACGGACGGGGCGGUAGACCCAGAUGCCCCACCCCCACAGAACUUAGAGGGCAUGCAAUAUGAUGAGGCACGGAGCUACAUCAUUAUAGAAUUUGAGCUGGAGUCGCCUAUCGUACCAAAGAGGGCCCCGGAAGAGUUAGCAAAGAGAGUUGCUGAGCUUGUUCCACCCAGACCUCUCUUUCCAAGGAGGACCAACGGAGCACAGAAAGCAGUAGAAGACUUCCAUCAUCAGGUAGCAAGCAUCAGCAAACUUGUCCUGGAAGAAUUCAGGGGAUUGUUUGGAGAUCUUGGUGAUUUGAGUAAGAGCAGUGGUGCAGCACAGGAGGAAAGAAGAAGAAAACUAAUCUAUGAGCUCAAUACUACUGGAAAAUACUUUGCCUUCAAGGAACAACUGAAGCAUUCUGUUGUAAAGAUAGUAAGAGAAAAGUACCUGAAGACAAGCACAUUUGAUGACAAAGAAGAAUUACAGGCAUUCCUUAGUGAGUUAUACGUCUUCUUGGUCGACCAGAUGCAUGUUGGGAUUGGUAAGGUGCUCUCGUUGGAAGAUGAGACCCCUGUACCCGCCCCUCUCACAGACUCCGCCCAGCUCAAGCACUUUGCCAGAGAGGCCGAGGUCAAUGAGAACUUCGAACUGGCAUCAAAAUACUACCAGGAGCGCAUUGCAAGGAAUAGAAAUGAUGCUGAUCAUUGGUUUGACUAUGGCUGCUUCUGUCUGUACAUCAAUGACAUAGCAAAGGCGGAGGAGUGCUUUAAGGAGACCAUCUCUAUUAACCAGCAACAUCUGUAUGGUCUUUUGCUCUAUGGGGUAGUGUGUGCUAUGGAGGAAGGUAAUGAAGCAGCUGAGACAUUCUUUGAAGCUGCUACCUGUGUUGAUCCCUCAAGCAUCUUAGCUUGGACUAUGUUAGGUCUCUACUAUGAUGGUACUGACUGUGAUAUCCAGGCAGAGUAUGCCUUGAUGGAGGCUCGACGUCUCAAUGUGGCUCAUGCCGCUGCCAAGCAGAAGGAGUGCAAGGCUGUUGCUGCUGCCGCCGCUGCUGCUGCUGCCGCUUCUGCACCAGACAAUGUUAUAGAGGAAGAAGAGGAGGAGGUAGCCGCACCCCCUGGGGUGGGAGAGGACCAGCAGUCAGGUGUGAUGGGCCAAGAGAAUGGGGAAGGUGAUGGAUCCAAGAAUGGAGAAGAUAUGUCCAGUGAAAAAGGAAGCAGUGUCCCAACAUUCAAUAAAAUCCCUGCUACCCCAACUGAACUUUCUAAGAGUCAGGCCAAAUCACCAGCGGUCAAGCCUGCUCCUCCGGCCGCUGCCCAGGUCAAGAAGAGGAUGUCCAUUUCAUCAAAAGUCCAUCCCCAUCGUCAUAAUCAUCAUCAUCGUCGUCGUACUCUCUUAGGUCCAGAGCAGGUCAAACGGACAACCAGUGCUACCAGUCAGAGAGCAGGCAGCGUCAAGGGGGUCAGUCGGCCAGGCUCUGCGAUUGCCGAACCACAACAGGAGGGGGAAGAAGAGGGUGGGGCCACUCAGAAGGAAAGUCCUCCUGUCCCAGAGACCACAAUCUUUAUGAUUGCUGUGGAGUUCCUACUGGAGGUUAAAGGCAUGCAGUUCUGUGAACGUGCCCUGGCCCAUGAAUUGUUAGACCCAAUGGGAGGACCAACCACAGCCUAUCAUGUAGCCCUAGCUAGACUCAAACUACAGAAGAAAGCCUUAGAAGAAGCCAAUGAGAGUCUCAACCAAGCACUGGUACUAAACUAUCAGGACCCUGAUGCCUGGUCUAUCUUGGGCCAUCUUCGUUACCUUCAAGGUAACUUUGAGGAGGCCAAGGAUUGCUAUGAGAGGACCUUGUCUUUUGUUGCUGAUGCCAGGGAGAUGCAUGCCAUUUACCUUCGUCUGGCUUCCAUUUAUCUCCAAGAUGGACAGUAUGAUAAAUCCAAGACAAUAUUCCUGCUUGCCUGUAAGAACUCUCCAUCUUGCAUUUCAUGGCUUGGUGUAGGCAUUGCAUGCUUCAGGCUUGGAGAACUGUCUGAAGCAGAAGAUGCUCUCUGUGAGGCUAACAUACUGAACAACAGCGACCCUGAGGUUUGGGGCUACCUGUCCCUGGUGUGCCUAAGGACCGGUCGACAGCAGGAGGCUGAGCAGGCCUACAAGUAUUCCCUCAAGGUGGGACUGUCUGAUGAUGGGCUUCUGGAGGAAAUCAACAAGACGCAGGAGGAAGUGGGGUUUGGUAAUCCACAGUUCUGAGAAAAAACAUGGAGUAACAUUGGUUCUUUUCAUGUCUAAGUUGGUUCUGGAGGGGGUUUCACAAAGUGAAAGAGUGAUUUAAAGUCUUAAAAACAAAUGAUCUGAUGGUAGUUAGCAUUAUCCUAUUGAUGAAUAUGCAGAAGUGCAUCCCCUGUGUGUGAUGCAACCAUGACAAUGUUGCCUUAUGCUUGUAUUCUAUAAAUAUACACUUCUCCAUUUUCAACCACAAUUAUGGAAAGCCAGCAAUGCAAACUUCUAAAAUGCAUGUUUGUUCAAAAUGUUUCCUUGAUAUGAUAUAUGCUCAUACAUUCAUCAUCAUCUUGACAAUUCAGUGUGCUUCUCUUUGUUUACCAAACGACAUUGUGCAAAUUUCCUGUAGGAAAAAUCAUGACAUCGAUGGAUUUCCAUAUGGUUGAAGUUGAUCGGAUCAAUCACAACUCUUAUAAGAGGGAACCCUGGUAUCAUUGAAACAUAUUCUCAAAUGACCCAUUAAAUAUCUUGUGAUAAUUGUGUUAAUUGGUAAAUGGGUGAGUCAGUGAUAUAUGACGACACACAUCAACAGGAAAUCAUUUUCAAUGGCUUAAUAUGCUCUUAGCAUUGGUGAACUUAUUUUAACCUAACUCAAACCACACUUAUAGAAUGCUAGUGGCUUAAUAAUUCAUAAAGUGCAGAUUAUUUAUAUCCUGCUGUGAGUAUGAAGAGAAUGAAAGUAUGAAUAUAAAAUGAAUUUCAUGAAUUCUUAACUACUAUUUCUGUCAUUGAUAUUGAAGAAGAAAACUAGCAUACCAUACAAGUGUAGAUUGGAAUAUGUUUUAGUUUGGAAUUAAGCCUUGGUUGAAUUAUGAAAAUGCCAUGCAUGAAGGUUUAAUCUUGCAGGUUAUUCCUAAAAAGCCUUGCCAAGUUAAGCUUCAUCUUUCUACAGAAUGGCACAUUGUCUUUCACCAUAUUUAAUUAAACAUCCAUAACACUUUGUCUUCUUUAUAUCUUCCUAUUUGUUUUCAGUGUUUUCCCUUCCCCAAUAAUGCACUACUUUUUAGAUUGUAAAAGCAAUGGAUACUUCAUCCUUCUCUUGACAUUGAAAUAUUUUUCAGAUGUUCUAUAUUGAAUUUUAAAGAAAAAGCAAUCCAUAUAUUAUCGUCUACUUUAUAUUUCCGUCCAAGCCACCUCGUCUUCAUGCAAACAGUUACUAGUAAAUAUACAAAUUACUUGAGGUAACUUGUAAAUAACUAUUGUUAUCUAUUGUUUUAUUAUAAUGUACAUAAUGUAAACAUGUAUGUAUUAAGUAUAAUUACAAUAUUAUUAAAUGAUUUAUACAUUAAUGUAAGUAAUGAAUUUGCAAGUUUUAAUAAAUAUAUCUAAAUGUCA